CCCAGCAGAAAGGUUGGAGCAGAGCAACUAUAAAUACAGCGAUUCCCACCAUCCAUUCUCCCUCACCAAAAAUAAAGUAGAAUCCAUAGCUAAUUUCGGAGAAUUAGAGCUUCAUCAAUGGCUACCAAAGUGUAUAUUGUUUAGAUUUCUAUGGGGGUGUUGGGGACUGAAGGAAUGCAGUGGAGGAGAAAAGGAGCUGCAUCUGUUGAAGGUGUUGAAGCCAAAUUAUGGCAGGUCCCUGAGACCCUUUCAAAAGAGAUUCUUAGUAAGAUGCGUGCUCCACCAAAGAGUGAUGUACCAGUUAUUAAACCUCCCGAACUUGCCAAGGCUGACGGGUUUGUUUUUGGCUUCCCAACAAGAUCUGGAAUGAUGGCUGCUCAGUUUAAAGCAUUUUUGGAUGCAACUGGAGGUUUUGGGAGCACACUACAACUUGCAGGGAAGCCUGCUGGUAUCUUCUAUAGCACUGGAUCUGAAGGGGGUGGUCAGGAGACAACCGCGUUGACUGCAAUCACUCAGCUUGUUCACCACGGAAUGAUAUUUGUUCCUUUUAAAAACACCUUUGGUGCUGGAACUUAUGCUGGAGCUGAAUCAGGACAGGCAACUGACCUUGAGUUGGUGCAGGCUUUCGACCAUGGGAAGUCCAUUGCCAGCAUUACAAAGAAACUCAAGGGAGUUGAAACGUGGAAGUCCCCAUGUUGCUGGAACUUAUGCUGAAGAUGGAUCAAGACAGCUAACCGAGCUUGCGUUGGCAGCAUUACAAAGAAACUCAAGGGAGUUGCCUGAUUACACAGUUCACUAUAAAGCUGCAAUUCCUUCCCCUUUUUUUCACUAUUCCUACAAGUUUGAAAAAAAAACAAUAAUUCUUGUAGUUGUUCAGCAUUUGCUUGUAGUAUGUGUUACACAUUUACAGUUGUUUUCGACUUUUCUUUAAUGAUAAAGUUUGCUCAUUUUGUCCACACCAUUUGCUUGUUCAGUAUGAUGAACCAUCAAUGUAGCUUUGCUUUUUGCUUUCUUUCAAUGAUAUUUUCCAGCUUGUUGAAGGAGCCAGCACAUUCUUAGGCUCAAACAAUGUUAUAC